GAGUUCAAUUCUAUUCAUCGACAUUGACUGUUCGAAGUAAACAUGGCGGGAAAAUUGCUGACAAUUUGAAAGGUAACUCGAUAAGAAGGUUUAAAGUUGUUACAGGAGCUACCAUAGAAACAUCAUGUCAUCAUUACAAAGCAAUCCAUGGGCAUCUGGUGCAAGUUAUGUGUCAGUUGGUGGUCUUCAAAAAGCACUUAAGAUUGCUCAGUCCCCAGGGUAUCAAGGCCUGCUGUUGGAUACUGGAAGGUCUACUGGAAGGGUUGCCACUUCUUCCAUUGAACAGAUCCAACACCUGAAGGAAAUUGCAAAGCUGGAUGAAAAAGUGAAUGAGCUUCAACUUGAUAUACAGCACAAAGUUGCACUGCAAAAUACGGCUGAUCUGACAGAUCCCAGCUCUUUAGAUUCAAUGUUGAAAAUGCUAGAAGAACUUUGCAACCAUUUACAAGCCAUUAUGGACAAGAAGCAGGUCUUGAUUGGACGAUUGCAAGAAGCAUAUGAAGAUCAUCUGACUGUCGAUGCAAACUAUCAUGGGUCGAAGACGUUCCUUCUGAAAAUGUUGUAUGAAUAUGCAGCACUGGUUUGGCCACGCCCACACCCAGCAAUGUCCAAGAAUGCCUACAAGACGACAAAGAGUGUUGGGAUUUGUUGGAAUUGA